CAAAUCUCCCCCGUGAAUCCUCUGCCACUAAAAUUAGUUAAAACCCACCACUUCCGUCAACUUGCUCUGUCUCUUUGUCUUCUCUCCUUCACUCACACACAAAUCUGCAAAGACAGAACACAAACUCAUAAUCACAAAAGAAGGAUACUUCUGAUUCAGAUCUGAACAAAGUAAUGGGUCGUUAUUCGAGGAGGAACGGUGAGGAUCUAGUCGUGCCUAGCUAUCAGGAGACAUCGGAUUCAUACCAAUCUUCUGAUAUGUGGGGUGGAUGGAGCAUGAACUCCCAGAAAGCUGCGGAGAAAUGCUUCGACUUCGAUGUGAUUAACAAUGGAUUCAGCGGAGGGUUAUACAGUCAGAUGGAUAUGGAUAUGGAGAUGGAGAUAGGGACGAGUGGAGAAGUAAAACAAGAAGGAGAAGAAGAAGAGGAAUCAAAGAGGUUCAAGUCUGAUGGUUGUUACUACAACUCUGCUUCGUCGCUUCACGAUUUCGAUGGGAUCCAACAGAUGGAUGACAUGUUCCUAAGUUCCAUUUUGGAGGAUGUUCCAGGGAAUGGGAAUCUCCAUUGUUUCAAAGAGUCGGAUAACAACAGCCCCGGCUCUUCCUCUGUUGCGUAUCUUGACACUCUCGACGGCAGAGAAGUACCCAUGUAUCAAUACAACUGGGAAGCUUGUAAUGACAUGCCUCCUAUGGAGGGGGAGGAACCAAUGAAGAUCCCAGAUCUGUGUGAGGAGAAGAACUUGGAAGAGCCAUCUACAGAAGAAGUUGUGUUGCAGGAUCUACAGAGGGCUAGUGAAAAGUUGACUGAAGUUACCCGCAAAUGCUUCCGCGAUACUUUCUACCGGCUUGCUAAGAACUCACAACUGAAGUGCGAAUCAGGCAACAUUAACACGGAGGAGUUCCUCCAGGAGACAACCUUCAGCGGGAACAUAAAGCAGAAGACUGAAUCUGAAACAAACUCAAUAGACAGAGCCGUGGCGAACCUCACGUUCAACAAUAUGGAAUCAAACAUGAGGAAUUUACCUCCACCAAAGAGAGUUUCUUGUAAUCAAGAGUAAAAGAGCAAGCUUCAGAACAAGAACAAAGAUGCGUGUGUGUAUAUAUAUAUAUAUAAUAUUAUGUGUGUAUAAGUUGCUUUCGCUUGACUUUCCACCAAGCUUCAGUUUUUUGAUAUGUUCAAAAUACACUCUGAUCAAGCUUCCGUUGACUUUGUUCCUGGA